ACAAAAUAAAUAAAAGUCGAUCAAGUUCCUAAUUUGAAUAUUUUUUUAAACAAUUGGAACGACUUUGUGUUAAUAGCACAAACUAUACGGAAUGAUGAUCGAACUAGAACCGUAAUACCAAACUUAUGGCAUUUACUCACACCCAGUUUGAGGUUAGGAAACCGUGAUUACAACUCGUACCCUUUUUUUAUUCACGUAUUUGUCAAUCUCAGCCAACCCACAAUGUCAGUUCUGGAGUAUUGCGAAGCUGUCACCACACACGUCCACCCUUCAGAGCACAACGUCCACCACUGCAAACUCUGCUCAUACUUUACCAAGUCCGUGCUUCUUAUGACCAACCACAUCAAGCGACACCACUCUCUACUGGCCCGUUUCAACUGCGGAGACGCCAAAAUCGAACCCUUUUAUUGCAAAGAUUGCAAAUUUAAAACCGAGCUAACCCUCCUUUUUAAACAACACAUCGAACAGCGACAUAGUCUUAAACCAAACUACGAUUUAUCAGACGAAAAGUUCACAAUCCAACGAUACGUGUGCCAAAAAUGUAGCUUCGAAACGCACUUUAUUAUCAAGCGACUUCAACACACAAUGUCGUGUUUGGGGAAUUUCAGAGACUGUUUGGCGAUUAGAGAACACACAGUCACUCGCUACUUCGACGAAGAAGGCAUCAAGUGGCACCAGUGCAACUAUUGCCUAUACAGAACCAAGUACAAGUACGUUUUAGAAGACCACAUAAACGCGCGACAUUUGGAAGAACAGGACGUCCACUGGUACGAAUGCAAAAUGUGUCCAUACAAAAACAAAUUCCGGUCGAAUUUAAAAUGCCACGUGAAAGCUCGCCAUUUGAAAGAACAGGAUAUUAAAUGGUGCAAAUGCAAAGAUUGUCCAUUUAAAACCAGAAAAAGCUCGCAUUUGAAAAGCCACAUAAACGCCCACCAUUUGAACGGGCCGGACAUCACAUGGUACGAAUGCAAAAUGUGCCCAUAUAAGAGCAAGUUUAAGUCAAACUUGAAAGCUCACAUUAAUGCGCACCAUUUGGACGAACAGGACAUUCGGUGGUAUGAAUGCAAAAAAUGUUCAUAUAGAGCUAAGCGGAAAGCGCAUUUGGAAAGUCAUAUAAAUGCGCACCAUUUGGAUAAACGGGAUAUUAAGUGGUAUGAAUGCGAAAAGUGUCCAUAUAAAGCUAAACGAAAAGCACAUUUAGAUAUCCAUGUGAUUGCGCGACAUUUGGAUGAAAAGGAUAUUAAAUGGUAUGAAUGUAAAAGCUGCACGUAUAAAGCUAAGUCGAAUUCUGAUCUGAAAAAGCACGUAAAUGCGCUGCAUUUGGACGGACAGGACGUUAAGUGGCACAAGUGUGACAAGUGUCCGUAUAAAGCCAAAUUUAAAGUUUGCUUGAACAAACACGUCCAGCGAAUUCAUUAA